AUGGCAACAUUGGAACCGGAAACAAGGGGAAGAACAAUUUUGGUGACUAUAACGACGGCAACAACAACAUUGGGAGCUACAAUAAGGGCAACAGCAACUGGGGAGACAGGAACAAGGGCACCAAUCUGCGGUGCAAUGACGCCACGGGAACUCGAAAGGUUGUCAACACCUGCAACCUCAAGGGAAUCCGUAGUUCUGGGCGUGUGA